AUGCCUGCACAGCUGCUCUUCCAACCCAACCCCCCUCCGGACCCCUCUCAGCUUCCGGAUUCAAUCAAUGAAUACAGCAUCAAGCUUGAACUCAAUGGCGUCAUUUCCCCCAAAGAGCUUUCUGCUAUCAAGCAAUUCCGUCGCGCUGCCGACUACAUUGCUGCCGCUAUGAUCUUCCUCAUGGGCAACGCCCUUGUUGAGCGUGACAUCACCCCCGACGACAUUAAACCUCGUCUUCUCGGUCAUUGGGGGACCUGCCCCGGCCUUUCCCUCGUUUACGCGCACGUCAACCGUCUUGUGGCCAAGACUGGCGUUGACGCUCUUUACGUCGUCGGUCCGGGACACGGCGCCCCAGGCAUCCUCUCCUGUCUCUGGCUCGAGAACUCCCUUGGCAACUUCUACCCCAAGUACUCUCGCGACAAGGAGGGUCUCAAUGCUCUCGUCAAGGCGUUCAGUUCCCCGGGAGGCUUCCCGAGUCACGUCAACGCCGAGACUCCGGGCUGUAUCCACGAAGGUGGCGAGCUCGGAUACGCUCUUGGUGUCUCGUUCGGCGCCGUCAUGGACAAGCCCAACCUCGUCUGUGUCUGUGUAGUUGGUGAUGGUGAAGCGGAGACCGGCCCCACCGCAACAGCGUGGCAUGGGUACAAGUACAUCGACCCCGCCGAGUCGGGUGCGGUCUUGCCCAUCGUGCACGUAAAUGGCUUCAAGAUCUCCGAGCGAACCAUCUACGGUACCAUGGACGACAAGGAGAUGACUUCUCUAUUCACCGGCUACGGCUACCAGGUUCGCAUUGUUAAGGAUCUUGAGCACAUCGACGAGGACCUCGCGGCGAGCAUGGAGUGGGCCCUUUCGGAGAUCAAGAACAUUCAAACCGCGGCCCGGAGCGGUAACCCCAUCGUCAAGCCUCGCUGGCCUGUGCUAAUUCUGCGUACGCCUAAGGGUUGGUCUGGCCCAAAGGAGCUUCGCGGCGAGUGGAUUGAAGGGUCGUUCAAGGCUCACCAAGUCCCUCUGCCAGAAGCUAAGACCAACGCGAACGAGCUCGAGAUGCUUCAGGAUUGGUUGCUGUCGUACGGGCCCAGGGAGCUUUUCGGCUCUGACGGCAUUCCGAACGAGGCGAUCCUUUCCAUCAUUCCCAAGGAGGAGAGCAAACGUCUUGGCAUGCGCGAGGAGGCCUACAAGUCCUACACGCCCCUCAACGUCCCCAACUGGAAGACCUUCGCCGUUGAGAAGGACAGCACUCAGAGCUGCAUGAAGAUCACCGGCGAGCUCCUUGACGCCGUCGCACAGACGAACCCGAGCGCCUUCCGUAUAUUCUCUCCUGACGAGCUUGUUUCGAAUAAGCUCGACGCGGUCCUGCGCCACAGUGGCCGCAACUUCCAAUGGGAUAUCGCAUCGCGCGCCAAAGGGGGUCGUGUCAUCGAGAUCCUGUCCGAGCACACCUGCCAGGGCAUGCUUCAGGGUUAUACCGUGACGGGCCGCACCGGUCUCUUCCCGAGUUACGAGGCAUUCCUCGGUAUCGUUCACACGAUGAUGGUGCAGUACAUGAAGUUCGUCAAAACCGCCCAAGAGGUCCCCUGGCGCCAGCCCAUGGGCUCACUCAACUACGUCGAGACUAGCACUUGGACACGACAGGAACACAAUGGUUUCUCUCAUCAGAACCCAUCGUUCAUCGGCGCCGUGCUCAACCUGAAGCCCGCAGCUGCCCGCGUCUACCUCCCACCUGACGCGAACUGCUUCCUCUCGACGAUGGCGCACUGUCUCCGUGCGAAGACUAUCAAGCAACCUACCCCCGUGUGGUUGAGCCCUGAAGAAGCUGACCUGCACUGCAUCGCAGGCGCGUCCACCUGGAAGUUCGCGUCCACCGAUGAGGGCAUGUCGCCUGAUGUGGUCCUUGUGGGCAUCGGUGUGGAGAUGACUUUCGAGGUUAUCGCCGCGGCUGCACUCCUUCGGAAGGAGAUCCCCGCGCUCCGCGUUCGGGUUGUGAACGUCACGGACCUGAUGAUUCUCGGGCCUUUUGGCACGCACCCUCACGCACUGAGCCACGAAGGCUUCGAAUCGCUUUUCACGAAGAACAAGCCAGUCAUCUUCAACUACCACGGCUAUCCCUCCGAGCUCAAGGGACUGCUCUUCGGCCGACCGAACACCCACCGGAUGUUGAUCCAGGGCUACAUCGAGGAGGGCACGACGACGUCGCCUUUCAUGAUGAUGGUCCUUAACAAGACGAGCCGGUACGACCUCGCGACAGAGGCGAUCCGCAGCGCGGCACUCCUCAACCCGCGCGUGGAGAUCGAUGCGCACAAGACGAUCAGCCAUAUUCUCCACCUCGCGCAGAAGGACAAGGACUACAUCAUGGCGCACGGCGCGGACCGGGAGGGCACCUUCGACGUGCCGAAGUUCGAGUGA